CUUUUUUGUAGACUUGUUUUCAUAAGCAUCAAGUGCAGUCAGUGCAGAGCGAAUUGUCUGCAACUUCCUUCAGUCUUUGGUCCCCGGCUAUGUUAAAAGUGAGGUUCUUGAGUUCAUAAGACGUCUUCUUGGUGCAAAAUAAAUAAAUAAUUUUCAACAAAGAGGAUAAAAAAAUAUUUCAUAAAAACAACAUUUAGAGGAAUGUGUUGCACCCAGCUAUCGAAUGCUAGCAGAGCAAGACAAAGCUUCACAAUGGGGCCUAUACCACUCUUACUUCUGCUUUCCUAUACCGCAUUAAAUGUUGUCUGUGGGGUUGAAUCUGAAGAGGAUUAUACUUGGCACUUAAGAAAAGUACCACAAGUGUUGAACAAGAGAACUGUCACACUCAGUUGCCCAGAAUUUAAAGCCGAAGCCAAGUCAGCAUUAAAUGGAACCUGUGGGAUUGAAUGUCAAAGCAGACUGCCACUGGCAAGUGUAGCUGACCUUGAGAACUUCUUUUCAUACGAGACUGUUUAUGAGAACGGCACUCGUACCUCCACAGAAGUGUACUUCAGGGACUUUGAUGUGCAGACAGAGCAUGAGGUCAAGAAGGACUCUCCUUCACGGAGGAAAAGGCAAGUCUAUGGCAUGGAUAGCAGAUUUAGUAUCUCUGACAAGCAGUUUGUGACCAAUUACCCUUUCUCUACAACCGUCAAAAUCUCCACAGGCUGCACAGGAAUCCUCGUGUCCCCGAAGCACGUUCUCACAGCGGCACAUUGCGUCCACGACGGGAAAGACUACGUCAAAGGCGCCAAGAAGCUCAGGGUGGGGAUUCUGAAACUGAGGUCCAAACGUCAUGGCAAGAAGAGGAAAGGAUCCAAGCGGAACAAAAGGGCUGUGGAGGUGAAGCCAUCGUUCCAGUGGACUCGGGUCAAGCGCACUCAGGUGCCAAAGGGUUGGUUCAGAGAAGUAACAGAUGACGUGGCAGUGGAUUACGACUAUGCUGUGCUGGAACUAAAGCGGCCGCACAAGAAGAAAUUCAUGGAACUUGGAAUCAGUCCCACUGUAAAGAAACUGCCAGGUAACCGGAUCCACUUUUCUGCGUUCGAUGAUGACAGGCCGGGACAGUUGGUGUAUCGUUUCUGCAGUGUCUCAGAUGAGUCCAACGACCUGAUGUACCAGUACUGCGACGCUCAGCCUGGCUCCAGUGGCUCAGGAAUCUACAUCCGCCUAAAGGAAGCGGAAAAGAAGAAGUGGAAGAGAAAGAUCAUCGGGAUUUUCUCUGGUCACCGAUGGGUGGAUGUAAAUGGCAUACAGCAGGAUUAUAACGUGGCCGUCCGGAUAACCCCUCUGAAGUAUGCCCAGAUCUGUUUCUGGAUACACGGAAACUAUGCAGACUGCCAAGAUGGCUGAUUAAAACUUAAAAGGCCUUGAUCAGCACCUAUGAUGCAUUAAAACCUGUACUGAAAUUGGAUUUAGAAGAAAAGAACAUAAUGGGAAAACAUGUAUAGAAAUCUAGGAUCUGUGAACUUUGGUUUAGAUGCUUUAAAAAAAAAAAGGAAAAAUAUAUUUAUAAAUGAUGGGGCAAAUCAUAGGAAGCUUAAUGAGCCUUGUGCUUAAUUAAAUGUGCUUUUCCUAUAGAAAUACAGAAAUUGAUUAACCCUUUAAAGCAUGGGUGUACAAACUGGGUCCCCGGGUUCCAGAGUCAUCCAGGUUUUCUAGGUAUCGUUAAAUUAAGACCUUGAAGGAAGUUAAACUGGUUCAAUUAAGUAAUUUAGCAACAGAUUUGUGCAUCAUGCCUUUAAAACAACAAUCUCAAACAAGGUGCUAUUGGUUUGUUGAGUGGUUAAUCAAGAAAUGUGUUUCAAAAGGGUUUAAAGCACCUUUAAUGGAAACGUAGAAGCCGAGAAGCUCCGGAUAUUAUGGUUGUCGCGCGCUGGGUGGGAUUUGUUCAUUCUUUAGUUUUAUUUGGCCGCACCCUAAAGAGCUUUGCACCUUUUGUUUUUAAUUUCUUUAGGAUAACAAGACACAAGACGUCUCAAAAAGAAUUAGACAUGUUUAAAAAAAAAAAAAAGGAAAAUUAAUAGCAACUCAUAUUGAACUAAAUAUAUAAAUAAUAUCAGAAUGAGUUCAUCUUUUGGCUGGUUUUCCUGCCAUCAUUAUCUAAUCUUGUACUCCCAAAUGUUACUUUAGGUACAAUAAUCCAAGAUGACCGCUAACGAGCCAUGCGUUCACAGUUACAUAUUUUUUUUAAGAAAUUAGUUUUGUCUUUAUUGAUCGAGACAAGGUGCAAAAGUAGGUUUUAGUGCUUUCUUUUUUUAAGUAGUAGGCAUUAAAUUUCUCCCAAAAAGCUGGUACUAAAGUGUUCCUUUUCAUUUAAAUUGUUAUCUUCUGUAAAUUGUUUGACAAAGACAGGACCAACUUCAUUAUUAAAUUAAAAAUUGUGUUCAGUCUAAAAAUUGUACAGGUUUCAGUUUGUUAGUUUUGUGUUGUGUUAGUUUAUUUUUUAUUGUUAAAGUAGUACUUUAUUCAUGUACAUUAAAAUUAUGGUGCUUUUUGAUCUCUCUAAUUAAAACAGCGGCAAGUUUAGGGUGCUAAUUUAAUUAUAAUGUGUACAAAUUAAGAGGGACCUAUCAGAAUAUAAUAUUAAAUAAAUAAGUAUUAUUAUUAUUAUAUUGAAUGUGAUGAUAUAUUGAAUAGGUUGGGUAAUUCAAUAAAAUAAAGCAAUUUGUUUCAAGUAGGGUUUUUAAAA